CCGGGCCGGGUCCCGUGUGGCGAUCGGAAGCCUUGGAGACCCCAGUGCUGGGUGGCGGGCUCGGCCCUGGGAUUCGCUUCUCCUGGAACGGCAGUUGCGGGCCCCGCGAGGCCAGGAGACGGGCAGGGCGGUGCCGCCCACUCCGGCCCUCUCGCGGAGCGCGGCCGGGGUUGCGCGGGAGCAGCCGCGUCCUGGGGCUCCGGCCACUGCAAAGAGCGGCUGCCGGAUCCCGUUCGCCUGGGGAAGAAGGGGCCUGGCGGGGCCGUGGGCGACACUGAGGGGCGGUGGGACGUGUAGCGGGCCCAGGCCGCGGCCGCAAGGAGCACUCUGCCCUGCCUGCUCUGCCCUAGGGCGCAGCCCCCGGAUCUCCGUCUCUCUGGGCCUCUCUGGCGACCAAGUCGGGGAGCAGCCCGGGGAGCAUUGGCCGCGGCGGCGAGGGACAGGACGCGGAGACGCCGACUUGUGUCUCAGUGUCGGUGGAUUUCCCGGCAGGCCCGGGACGAACGCAUUCCCAAGGCGCUGGGGAAGGGCCUGGGAAUCGAAUUAUGAAAUGCGGGAGCGUUCUUCUUCAUGGGGAGGGUUUGCGAGGAAGCUCGACCUAAGGAGGAGAAUGGGCGAAUUGGGCAGAGAGAAAAGGAAAUCCCGAGGAGCUAGGGCACGCGAUUUAUAGGAGGCGAUCUUAACGGGCAUACAGGCAUUUUAAAAGAAAUCUGAGGUAUGCAAUGGAGUCUCACUUUUCCAAGCAGUAAGGAAUGAUGCCAGCAGCAAGCACGCGUUGCAUUCCUAUUUCCUUCUCUUCCACUCCUCAUUGCUGGACUAGGAGGGAGAUUUGCAAGGCCGAGAUGGUUUUCUUUUACUCUGUGUUUUGCAAAUAGUACCAGCGUUUACAAGGUGGCUGCCUCGUUAGGGAAAGCUACAUCCGAGGAAUAAAUUACCAAACCGUAUCUUUUUUUUUUUUUCCUGUUUUCAGAGUUUUCCUAGGUUCUCUCCAGACCGAGUCAUCUUGUUGCCUCUUUUCACGAGCUCUGUCACGUGGCUCUUUCAGACUGCCCACCCCUGGGUGCAGAGGCAUGCAUCUUAUAGGCAGUAUAAUGGCAGAAUUUUAAGCCACGUUGAGAAUCUCUUUCAGGAGAAAUUUCAAGCAUUAUUUUUGACUACUACAUACUACUGACUGUUCGGUUGGUGAAAUUGAAGAUCUUUCACUCAGAAGAAAUAAAUCAAGAAGGAGAACCUCAGGCUCGUGUGCUUCUGAGCUGCUGUGGAUGGCCCUGGCUCUCUUGGCCACUCUUCCGAGUAGGAUGUCACUGAGAUCCCUCAAAUGGAGCCUCCUGCUGCUAUCCCUCCUGAGUUUUCUUGUGAUGUGGUACCUCAGCCUGCCCCACUACAAUGUGAUAGAACGUGUAAACUGGAUGUACUUCUAUGAGUAUGAGCCAAUUUACAGACAAGACUUUCGCUUCACACUUCGAGAGCAUUCAAACUGCUCUCAUCAAAACCCUUUUCUUGUCAUCCUGGUGACCUCACACCCUUCAGAUGUGAAAGCCAGACAGGCCAUUAGAGUUACUUGGGGUGAAAAAAAAUCUUGGUGGGGAUAUGAGGUUCUUACAUUUUUCUUACUAGGCCAGCCGGCCGAAAAGGAAGACAAAGUGUUAGCAUUGUCCUUAGAGGAUGAGCACAUUCUUUAUGGUGACAUAAUACGACAAGAUUUUUUAGACACGUAUAAUAAUCUGACCUUGAAAACAAUUAUGGCAUUCAGGUGGGUAACUGAGUUUUGCCCCAAUGCCAAGUACAUCAUGAAGACAGACACUGAUGUUUUCAUCAAUACUGGCAACUUAGUGAAAUAUCUUUUAAGUGUAAACCAUUCAGAGAAGUUUUUCACAGGUUAUCCUCUAAUCGAUAAUUAUUCCUAUAGAGGAUUUUACCAAAAAGCCCAUAUUUCGUACCAAGAGUAUCCCUUCAAGGUGUUUCCUCCCUACUGCAGUGGGUUGGGUUAUAUAAUGUCCAGCGAUUUGGUGCCAAGAAUCUAUGAAAUGAUGAGUCACGUAAAACCCAUCAAGUUUGAAGAUGUUUAUGUUGGGAUCUGUUUGAAUUUAUUAAACGUGGACAUCCAUAUUCCAGAAGACACAAACCUUUUCUUUUUAUAUAGGAUCCAUUUGGAUGUCUGUCAACUCAGACGUGUGAUUGCAGCUCAUGGCUUUUCUUCCAAGGAGAUUAUCACAUUUUGGCAGGUUAUGCUAAGGAAUACCACAUGCCAUUAUUAAUUUGACAAAAGCCUAGAGAAAGACAGGAUACUCUGUGGAAAGUAUUAAUAUUACUGUAAAAUGUCCAAUGGAAAACUCAUGGGAAGGUCACUGUGUUGAGUUACACUGAACUGAGACUCAUGAAGAACGCACAGACUGGGGACUGGAGGGUCACACUUUGAUUUACCUAGACCAAAACCAAGUCAGGCCCUUUAAAGGUGAUUGUAAGAGGAAUUAAACACCUUAUAAAGGAAUCGGGGAUUUUUGUUAAUAAAACGAAUAGGGCCAAACUGUUUGAACGUGCCAUUCUGUAGGCUAGAACUUGUUAAAAGGGUUUCAUUGAAUUAUAAGCUCAUUAGUCCAUAACAUCGAAGCAAUGGGGAGCUCUACUCAUUGAGCAGUCUAGUCUGUUAAGGGUUUUGUGUAUAUCUGACAUGGAUUACCAGUUUUUAAAAAUACAUAGUUCUUUGUAAAAAACUGAAGUUACACUGAACAAAAUUUCAUCCGUUUUGGUCAUUCAGAAGGUACUUCAAGAUGUUACAGCAUUUCACA